AUGGAUUCUAGUUAUCCCUUUUCCGUCGGAAAUCCGUCAGUAUUUCCGACGGAUUUCCGACGGUUUUUAAUUUCCGACGAGAUAGAACCGACGGACCAAAAGCGUCGGCAAGUCGUCGGAAUAGGCCUUAUUCCGACGGAUUUCCGACAGUUUUGGCCGUCGGAAACGGCCCUGUUUUCUUGUAGUGGUCAGGUUCUCUCUUUUCUAUGUUUAUGCUUCUCCAAAGCGAAGUCCAAUUCAAGACUUUGGACACAUCUUAAGGAUGUGAUACUAGAAGGAAAAGAUGCAUUCAGCUCUGCCCAUGGCAUGAAAUGUUUUGAAUACAUCUGUUCAGAUGAUCAAUUUGGCGAGAUGUUUAACCGAACAAUGUCCGAAACUUCCACCAUGAUCAUAAAAAAGGUUCUAGAAGUUUACAAAGGAUUCGAAGAUGUAAACACUUUGGUGGAUGUGGGUGGAGGACUAGGCACCAUUAUAGGUUUAAUUACUUCAAAAUAUCCUCAUAUUAGAGGCAUCAAUUUCGACUUAGCCCCGGUUUUAGCUUGUGCUCCUCUUAGUCCUGGAGUUGAGCAUAUGGCUGGAGAUAUGUUUGUAGAAGUUCCAAAGGGAGAUGCCAUCUUUUUAAAAUGUAUACUACAUGAUUGGGCGGAUGAAGAUUGUGUAAAGAUUCUAAAAAAUUGUUGGAAAAGUCUUUCGAAAACAGGAAAAGUGAUCGUAGUAGAUAUGGUUAUGCCAAUAGAACCAAAGAGUGAAGAUGUUUCGUCCAACAUUGUAUUAGGCAUGGAUGCAAUUAUGUUAACGCAAACAUCAGGUGGUAAAGAGAGGACUUUUACUCAGUUCGAAGCUUUAGCUUCUCGUUCGGGUUUUCUUCGUUGUGAAAUCGCUUGUGUUGCCUAUUCAUAUUCUGUUAUUGAAUUCCACAAAUAG